AUGGACGUCGUCGUCCUCUCUGUUUUCUUUCACCGCUCGCCGGUGAAGAAUUGGUGGAUGGCGGAUCGGGUGACAUCAGUGGGCGGCAAGUUUUCCACGGUUGCAACUGUGAUCAUGGUUCUAGGUAGUAGUAGCAGAGACGAGACGUCCUUUGAAGCCACCCCCUGGUUGGAAUCAGACUGCGAAGAUGAUUUCUACAGCGUCAACGAAGAUCUGACGCCUGCGGGAUCGUUCGCAUCCCGAACCAGCGGCCGGAACACUCCGCCACCUAGACCCCGCGAUCUACCGACACUGGCGGUGAUCCUGAAGGCCGAACCCCUGAAGCCGCCGCCGCCGCAAAGGAGGCUGGGCGACCUCCUGCGAGAGGCGCAAGACGACGACAAUGACAAUGACACCGCCGUCGACGGCCUCUCCAGAGACGACUCCUUGCGCAUGGGCGCGGAGGCCAACCGGUGCUGCGUGCCGCGGCUCGCGUGGGCCAUUAGCUGCAACGGGAGGACACAACGCAAGUGA